AUGUCGAAGCAGAAUCAUUCAACCACUCAAGCUUUCGAAGAGCAUCCCGACACCAUUUCGCCCGGACCAAAGGACGGAGAGCAUCCACAGGACUUGCGCUCUCGCCCUAAUGACGCCCGUAACGACCACCAAGCUGCCGAAAGCGGCUUAAACGAUGUCGAAUACCCUCCUCAACUACAUGCUGGUAAAGUCGGACUAGGUCCCCAUUACGCCGAACAGAAUCGUCCGACUGUCGGAGAGCAAUUCCAAGGUAUCAAGGAGACACUCAAAGGAAAGAUCACCCAUAACCCUCAGCUCGAGGAGACUGGUCAUGAGCGUAUCACAGGGGAGUUGAAACGCCGGGAGCGAGAAAAGGGCGAUCAAAACCCAUUUGCAAACAAAGACGAGGACGAUAAACAAGAACAAUCUCCGGAUAACAAGAAUGAUGUCAACGCUCAAUAG